GUCAUGCCAAAGUUCGCGUAUAUUUGGCGCUCUUCAAUCUCGACCAGUCUGGCGCGUUUUUGAAAGCACGGCAAACGUCAAGAAACAUGUAUUUUGAAUACAAACUCAUAGGAAUUUGGGAAGUAAGCGCUUAACGUUCUUCACUAUCGUUCGCACCCCCGCGGCUGACAUGUGGGACAUGUUUGGACCACUUUUGGGACCUGAGAGGAGCGACGCUGCUUCGAGAGUAGCAUCAAGCGAAGUCUGCUAGCUUGUUGUUUUACAGUUACAUUUAGCUAUAUGUCUGUUGGCAACAAACAGCUGGCGCCCUCACACGAUGCACUUUGCCUCUGCUGCUGCUUGUUCACAAACACGGGGAAGUGAUUAAGAAAAGGCAAGAAGACAGUCGCCGAAGUUUCAUCAAGUUACCGGUUCACCAUUAUCGGUCUCUUCAUAUGAUGGCUGGAGUUGUGGCUAUGGCAUCUGUCAUUGAAGACUUUGACACCCAGCCUUGCAAGAAACCUCGCAAAGAUGGUGGCAGUCCCAUUGUCAAGACAAUCACAAACUAUUUCUCUCCUGUGCCCAAGCCAGCGGAGAAGCCCUUUUCUCCCCCUCGCUCCAACAACAUCAUGAGCUACUUUAGCCGGAAGGCUCCGUCCUCUAAGGAAAAGACCAGCUCACCAGAACAGUCGAAAGAGAACUGUCAGAAGUCUGAGUUUGCAGAUAAAUGCACCAAUCCAGGGGCAGCAGCGAAACAGCCAUCUCAAAAACGGAUUAGAAAGACCAGCAAAGCUGCAAGGAAACUUGUGGAGGCUGAAACUUUGAGCACUACAGAGGAGGUUAGCUGCCUGAUUGUAGAAGAACCAGAUGACAACAGAGACUCGGCAGCAGAAACAAUCAGCAGCUGUGGUGUUCUUGGCAGUGAUACAGCAGCCCUGUUGGCACAGCUCAGUACUGAGGCUUGUAUCCCUGUGGAAAAAUCAGAGAUGAAUUUUAUUGAGACUGUCAGUGAAAAGGAUGACCAUCAUGAAGACGGUUCCAAAUGUGGGAACAAUGUCAAGCUUAAACCAGACCUGAAGAGUAUUGAAUUAUCCCCAAUUGUACCUUCAAAAGAUAAAGCAAAAAAAGUCAAACCCGUUGCACAGAAUUCGAGGAAGACACAACAACGAGAGGCAAAGCACUCAGAACCAGAAGAAACGGAAAUGGAGGGCUCCCUGUGUGAUGUUAGUAUGGAGGUGAAUGUGGAUGAGGCCUCUCAGUUAAACAGCAGCACAGUCACAAUCUCCUUUGAGGAAUUUGUGCGGAGUCAGAGCCAGGAUAGAGAUCAAGAGAACACGGAAGAUGAACAAGGGGAAGAUGAUGAUGGUAAAAUCACAACAGAGGCAGAAGAAAUGGAUACUGACCAGUUAAACAUCCCUAACAUUAAAGAAAGUGUAGGACCUGGGGAGCCAGCUUUCCAAGUCUCUCCUCGAGCCAUCACCAUCCAGGCUGAAGUGCAUGCAGUCUCACCCAAACAGGAAGCCAAGGCUGUUGGAAAAGUAGCUUCUAUCUUUAACAAGAGAAAAGGGGCGAUGAGCCCUGCAGAAGUGGUAUCAUCUCCACCCAGAGAGGCUGGACACCAACUUCCUUCAACUUCUGUGACUGUCAAGUGGAAAUCCAAUGUUGUUCUUGAAGAGGAAGAUCUAGAGCUGGCUGUGCUUGAGAGCGAAUCCACUCCCAAGUGCAGUGAGGCAGAGAGGAAGCAGUUCAUGGCUGCCUUCAAAAGGCCCAGCCUUGAUGGGUCCAAAACCAAACCUGGAAAGAGCCAGAGCAAACAGAAGCAACCUGGUGAGCCGGUUUUAAAUGAUGCAGACAAAGUUGCUGAAGAUGAUGCUGGAAUGCCAACCUCCAUUGAGCAAGUCCCUGCUGCCUCUCAGGAAAACAAAGAAAUCAAAAAGAAACCAGCAAGAAAAGGCAGAAAGAAAGGUAAAGAACAAAAUGAAGCAGUCACUGCCCCACCUACUGCUGCUCCUGUGGAAGAAACAGUGGCAGCGACUUUUGAGGUGGAUGAUAAGAAAGAGAAGCCUCCCGUCACAUCAACUCCCACUGUCCCAGCAGUGAGGAGGUCCAGAAGAGAGGCUGUUGUCAGGCAAGCACCUGAGGCCAUCCCAGCAUCUCCUGUCAGAAAAAACAGGAAACACAACGAGACAAAGGAUGCUGCUGCUUUACCUGCUGACAGCCCUGUGAAGAGAUCCCCCCUGAAGAUACGCAGGUCCAAACAUGGAGUCUUUGUAGCGCAGAUGCUGUGCCCUCCUGACACAAAACAAAGUCCGAUCAGGAUUAAAUUGACUAGAGUCCAUAAAAAUAUUUCCAUGGCCAAGGAUGAAGGUGGAAGUGGCAAAAACACAUCUUUGGCGAGUAAAACAUCAAAUGAGUCCAAAAAAAGGAAGCAAGCAAAGAAAUUGGUGGAGAAAGCCAGAGUGAUUCAGCAGAGUAAAAAAGCUGCUGUUGAGGAAAAAGGCACCUUGAGGCGCUCGUCACGAGGCGAGGCCUCCCUCAAGAAAAGCUACUGUGAAGAUGAGGAUUCUGUCAUCUGCAUGGAGGAGGACCAGGCUGCCGCUCCUCAGACAGCACUAGAAAAGAGUAAACCUCAAAAGUCUUUACGCAGUCUAAAUGAUGUUCUGGGAAAAGCUGCAUCUGUUGGCAAAGAGACAAAGGCUGUCCCAGGCUCCAAAGUGGCCUCACUGGGCCAAGAGAAAACUGCCCGGAAGGUAUCGGCAGUGAUUUCCAUCUUUGAUGAGAGCAGCUGUGAUGGCUCUGAAAACUCCCAGGAUGACGUGCAGUUCAGGGCACGCAGAGAGUUCUUGAAGAGUGGUCUGCCCGAGUCCUUUAAGAAACAGAUAGCCAAGACAGCUGCCACCAAGGAGGCAUACUCUCUUUCCUGUUCCUCCUUUCAACCAGUCAUACACAUGAAGCAACCAGCAAUGGAUUGCCCCUUUUGGAGUCUACCAUGGCCUGAGUCUUCAUUACUGUCUCAUCUGAAAGAGCGUUGGUGCCAAACAUCCAGCUCUCUUCCAUCUGUUAUUGGCUCCCUAUGUGUGAGGACAGAACCAGCCAGUAGAGCCUUUUGUGAGCGGGGUUCUGGUUGGAGGCCUGAGAUUUCUGAAAGUGAUCUUCAGCUUCUAACAGAGGAUGUCAGCACUUCAAACCCUCCAUUCCCCGUUCAGACAUUCAUCGCUCGCUUCCUGAAGAGACGAACUGAUCACCAGCAGCAGUGCACAGCCUCAGAAUCAGAGGCUAUAACCAGAGUCACCACACUACCAGCUGAACCAGUAGGAGGAAAGAGGAAGAGGGUGGAUGAUGAAGGGGAAAUAACAGCAAUGGGGGCUAAGAAGCAACGGGCCAACUCCUCAGAGGAGAAAAUAUCCACAGCUGAGCCUGAGCCAGCAAAAAGAGGAGGUCGUACGAGACGAUCUCGGAGAUCCAGGAUAGAGGAGGAAGCGAACGAGAUAGCCAAGCCUUCGGUCAACGCUACUCCUAUCCCAUGUGAAGAUGACGUGAUUUUGGUAGAGGACACUAGGAAAAAAGAUGAAGUGAAGGAAGACGUGUUAUGGACAGACAAAUAUCAGCCUCAGCACUCCAGCGACAUCAUAGGCAACACUGCCUCAGUGAGGAGGCUGUACAGCUGGCUAAAAGAAUGGAAACUCCGUGCAGACCGUGAAGAGAAUAAAAAACAGAAGGAGAGGAAACAGGAGGAGGGCAGCAAUGACUCGGACUGGGACUGCAGAGAAGAGGACUCCCAGGAUGGAGACGACAUGUUAUGUAAUACAAUGCUUAUCACAGGACCCACUGGAGUUGGAAAGACAGCUGCAGUCUAUGCUUGUGCCCAGGAGCUGGGCUUCAAGGUGUUUGAGGUGAAUGCUUCAUCUCAGCGGAGUGGUCGUCUAAUUCUGUCCCAGCUGAAGGAAGCCACCCAGUCACACCAGGUGGAUAGUCAGGGGGUCAACGCCCACAAACCCACCUACUUCAACAGCUACGGCACAAGCAACAGCACUGGCACUCUCAGGCCUGGAUCCUCUCCCAGGAAGCUGAACUCUCCUCGCAAGGUGGUUUCCUCUCCCAGGAAACAUCCCCAGUCCCCAAGAGGUGGUAAAAGAGGAGGCCUGGCUCCCACCUCUUUAACUAACUUCUUCAAAAUGGGUCGUCCUGUCAGAGAGACGCCUAACACCAAGAAAAAUGAACAAAUAGCUGCUUCGAAGACAGUCACCAAAACAAAUGAGCGUGCCAGUAAGCAAAAAGACCCUGUAGUGAAAUCACCAAUAGCUGCCACCCCCAAAGAGAAAAACAACGAAGAGCACAACAAGAAGACGGCCACAUCGCUUAUUUUGUUUGAAGAAGUGGAUGUUAUUUUUGAUGAUGACUCAGGGUUUCUAGCUGCGAUCAAGACCUUUAUGACCACUACCAAGAGGCCAGUCAUCCUCACUACCAGUGAUCCUACAUUCAGCACCAUGUUUGAUGGCAACUUCGAAGAGAUCCUUUUCAAAGCACCCUCAGUGUUGGACGCGAGCAGCUUCCUGCAGGUCUUGUGUCUGGCAGAGGACAUGAGGACAGACCCAAGGGACAUCAGCUCUCUGCUCAGACUCAACGGCUGCGACAUCAGGCAGAGUUUACUGCAGCUGCAGUUCUGGACUCGCAGUGGAGGUGGCCACUCUGCAACAAGGCCAUUGAGGUGCACUAGCAAAAAUGUUGAACUAAAGCAAGAGACUGAAGAAGGGGCAGCCAGCAUGUCUGAGUGUGCAGUGACAGUCCCAUCCACACUCCCUCCCUGUGACAGCAGCUGCACUGAGUGCAUGCUGGGCCUGCUGAAUGUUGAACCUAAGCGAGACAUUUGGGAGCUGCUCAGGGGUGGAAGUGCAAUAGAGGAGGCAUUAUGCUCAGAGUUGCUGACUAACAGCCAGCGUCUAGGAGUGGACCUUCUCUAUUCCAACAUGGAGAAACUCUUACCUCUACCAAACACACAGUUGACUACCUCCAACUACAAGCAACAGCUUUCUGUUUCUGUAUCACAAGACCAGCCUUCUGUUAAUCCAAAAGAUGUACAGUCAACCGGCCUGCAUGGUGUGCUGCCAUCGCAUGCCAGGUUAUUACACACGGUGGAGACAGAGGAUUUCUCUGAUGAUGGCAGUCCAGUUAAAAUGUCCAAUAGAAUGAGGAAGACCAAGAGGCGGCACCAGCUACCGGACCGGGAUGGUUUGCACUCUGACUCGGACUCAGAAGACAGUUUUCUAUCCCUCUGCAAACCACAGCAUGCCGCUCAGGUGAGGGAUGAAGUCAAAGAGAGUUUAGUUUCAAAGACGGCGAAGAGGACACCACUGACUCCCGAGGAGCGGCAAAAAAGUCUCCCUGUCUCCCAGUGUCUAGAAUCAAUAGCUGAAUUUUUAGACAACAUGUCCUACAUGGACUCCUCUCUGCUUGUUCAUCCAGAAGCGGGUAACAAUCGUAGAAGAAUGUCACCUGGUGCACUGGUGAAAGACGGGAUGACAGAUGAGUUGAGGGUUGAGAUUGACAGAGGGUGUUUGGUGAGAGAUGAGUCCGCCUUGGAGAUCUCAGCUGCUGUGGAGGCUCUUAGCUUCCACAAGUGUCGACUUUCCGUUGUGACGGCCUGGGACAAAGCCCAGCAACUAGAUGGAGUUCUGGGACAGGAGGCUGCAGCAGAGCUCAGCCUCCCUGUGGCUGCUCAUCGUGAUGGUUACAGUUUCAGUCAGGACAGCCCCUGUCGACCACAGCUAAUCCAGCGAAGAAGAGAAGUGAUGGAGAAUCUGAUGUUGAAAGGAGUGUUUGGUAGUCUGGGCAACAGACCAGCAGCUUCUCUGGACUACUUACCAGCCCUCCGCACCAUCUGCAGAUCAGAGCAGCUUAAGGAGCAGGGCAAAGUUAAACGAAGGUUCCUGCACUACCUAGAUGCAAUCCACCUGGGUCUUAACAAGAGCACUCUACAGCACCUUGCGGAAGACUUCCUAUAAACCACAGAGAACCAGACUUGUCCUCAUGAUCCCGUAGAGGUCUUGCCUGUAGAGUGGUCACACUUUUAAGAGACAUUUUUGAAUUUAAUUUGGAAGGAGGACAUUUACAUGUUGGCUUUCUUUCAGGACAACAGAAGUCAGUGUUGCCUCUUGUCUCUAUGAACUCAACUUGAGCUGACUUGGCUAGUUUGUCAGAGGUGUGCACACAAAGGACUCUGAAGUUUAAACAUGUUUUAAGACAAUGAAUGACUGAAUCACUGCAUACAGAAAGCGUUCUCAGCUCAAAGGGCGCAAAGCUAAAUGACCUCAAAUGUGCUCUGAUUCAGCACAUCUUUUGGUGCUUUCAGAUAAUGCACUAAAGAUGACUACUUAUGAUUUUUGUAAUAUUGAGAUGGACCGGAGGGUGUUUUUUGUACAAUAGUGUUUUAUACUUUGAAGCUACAUUAAUCAAUUAGCUUUACAUAUGUGUGAUUAAUGAUUUGUAAGAGAUUAACAUGUAAAAUAGAAUUUGCUUCUGUAUUUAAGGGCUGUGUGUAAAUUGUCUCACCACAAAGUACUGUCGAUGCAGCUAGGAUUUUAUUUCUGUUCAGGUUCAUAGAAGUCAGACAGUUUAUGACAAAAGUUAACCGUCACUAUCACAUUUGUCACAUUUUUCUUUCAUUUCUUUUGUUUCAUUUUUUUCCAGCCUUAAAUAUGAUCACAUUAUCACGGUGGUUUUUCUUGUGAAUAAAUAAAGGUUUACCACAACCAAA